GUCCGAUGCGAUCUCGGCCCAGUCGACAAUCCCCAUGAGCCUCCUUGUGUCCGCUGUCGUCGCGAAGCGAAAGAAUGCUUCUUUUCUGCCACGAGAAGGAAGAAGAGGGCUGCCGACUCUGGCACCACUGGAGAUGAAGUCGACCCCAACGACUACGAGAUCAGAGGAGGCCGCAAGAGGCUGAAGGAAGGUGUCGCUGAAUCGGUCGACUCGGAUGCUCGCAGUGCACAUUCGCCUGUGCCUGUGGUUGCAACGUACAUACCACGACCUUUGACACCCGGGGGUUCUAUGGGCCGCCAACAACCGCUCCGCCGACCACACUCGACAUCGCAAACACCGUAUCCUGGGGACGAAGCAGAUGAUCACGUCAACAGCCAUACAGCUGCUCUCUUGCAGACCGCCGAACUGCACAAUGGUCACGAUGCCCUGAACGUUCUGAUCGAAGCUGCCACAGCCAACCAUCGUACCGGAAGUGCCAGCGAUGCUCACAAAUACGCUUCUUCAUUACCGAGUCCUGCCCAUAUACCGCUACCCACAACGUCAAAACCGCCGCCUCCUGAUGCCUCGAUCGAUCCUGCCAUCAUGCAGCAACCGUCUUCCACUGCGCGACCAUCAUCUUCAGCGGAUCAUGCUUCUGCUUAUGCUGCGUGGUCACGCUUCAGAUUCGUCCGCAAUGGCUGGUUCACCAUCAAAGAAGGCAUGGACUAUAUCGAGUACUUUUAUACAUACAUGUCACCCCUCACACCCAUUGCUCUACCAGACUACCGCGGACCGGAAAAGCACGGAGCCUUGCUGGAGAAUGAACCCAUGCUUGCUGUUACCAUGCUCAUGAUCGCAUCACGUUAUAUGACACUAUCCGGCCCUGGUGCCACGAGUCGAUCACACGCCAUACACUCCCGACUUUGGCCAUUCGUUCAGCGUAUGAUUGACCGUAUCGUCUGGGGUCGCGAAUUGUCUGGAACUACACUUCAUCCUGACGAGACACAACCCGGCUGUGAUGUCAACCCAUUAUCAAGGAAGGGUCUUUUGACUCUAGGCACAGUUGAGAGUCUGCUGCUACUGACCGAAUGGCAUCCAAGAAUGAUGCACUUCCCCGCAGACGAAGACGAUACUCAGCUCAUGACUCCUGUCGAUCCAAUGGCUUCGAUCAACGAGAGCACAUCUAAUCCCGACAAGGGUCAAGGAGGCCAUGCGUUGACUUCAUGGCUUGAACCUGUUUUCAGGAGUGAUCGUAUGUGCUGGAUCCUUCUCAAUCUGGCAAUGACAGUAGCUUCUCAAAUCGGAGUCUUUGAUCCAGACUGUUCACGACAUUUGCAAGCCGUAACUCCGGAGCAGCAAGAAAUCUAUCAGCGAAGACGACUUCAUAUCAAGAGUGUCAUCCUUGGGUACAUUACACAGACUAGUGGACGCAUGGGUGUAACGGCCAUGCUCCCUCAAGGAUAUGCCGAGCCUGCUCUCAGUGAAUUGUACAACCCUAAGCGGUCGAGUUUCAAGGAUACCAAGGAUAUCGUUCUUCAUUUCUGGCUACGUCUGGCUACACUGGUCAAAAUCAAUAACGAGGAGCUGUAUGCCAAUCGACAGCAGACUCGUGAUAUCAUCAAGACUGGAAAGUACAGAGAGUUGUUGCAACGUAUCAAGCCAUCGUUGGUGCAAUGGCGGAGGGAGUUCGAAGCGUACCGAAACAGUCAGUGGCUUGUUUCCAGCCAAGAAAAGAUGUGUGCUGACACGAAUUGCANNGUUCCAAUUUUGCUUCGCCAUGUCCUAAUCAUCGAGUACGAACACACCAGAGUGAUUCUGCAUCAACUCGCCCUCCAAGCUGUGGUGGAGAGAUGCGCGAACAACAAUACUGGCUCUGCGGGCAAGGUCAUUCCGCCGAAUGUGCUUGACCAGUGGUUUGGCAGCGACAGACAGCAUGUGGAUGAGGUAAUGCAGGCUUGCCGCAAUGUGCUCCGCGUUGUCGUGGACGGGCUCGCUCCCGGUGGAUAUCUCAAACACGCACCCGUACGCACGUUUUUCCGCAUCGUGUCUGUGACGUUGGUGCUCGUCAAGAACGAAAUGGCAUUGAGCUUGAACCUCAUGGAUCGCACGGUAGAAGUCAUGCGCAAUCACGUCGUCGACGACGUCCAUCUCAGCAACCGCUUCUCCAACUUUCUGGAAGUAAUCACCAACCGCCUACCACUCUACGGCAUCCCCACCCAAACCUACGACAUUGGCGCCGACAAUAACACCUUUUCCAUCAUGCCGCCGCCCAUGCCUGCCUCGCCGUCUCUAAACCCUUUACACGAUUCUCAUUCUGCUCACCAAGACUAUCAUUUUGGCAACUAUGGUGCUGAUGCGGGAGGCUUUGAGGCUGACGGGGCGUAUGAUUGGUUGGCUUUGCCGCUGGAUCCGAUUCUACAGGCGCAUGGGCAGGAUGUCACUGCUAAUUGUUUCGGACCGGGGAUUGGUGAGUUUGACAUGUUGGAGGUGCUUUUGGGGGGUGGGCAGGGUGGUGGACAUAAUAUGCAG